AUGGAGGCCGUACAGUCCUUUCUCUCCUCACUCUGGCAGUCCGUCGGCUUCUGGAAAGCUGCUGCCAUCUUCUUUGCCUUGCUGAACCUGAAGACCCUACCGAUCGUGUGGCAUAUCCGGGUGUACCGCUACUUCUUCAAACAUGGCUACCUCAUUACCCCGGCCGUCGAACAACCCCCUCGUCCCUCGACCGAGAUCCUGAAACCCGUCAGCAUCUUCUCCCGCGCGCCCAUCAUGGAACUCGACUUCAACAUGCACAAGUCCAACUCGACCUACUUCUCCGACCUCGAUGUCUCCCGUACCGCUCUGAUGUCGAGUAUUGUGGUGAAAGGGGCCGCGCUCUUGGAGAAGAAUCUGAAGGCGGAAGGAAAGAAGGGCUUUUUGGGAUUUAUCCUCGGCAGCGUCUAUACCAACUUCAAGAGAGAGAUUCCAGCCUACAUGAAGUAUGAGGUGAAGUCGCAUGUUGCCAGUUUCGAUCAGAAGUGGAUCUAUAUCAUCACCUACUUCCUCAAGCCGGGCAAGGGAUCAUCGAAGAAGGGCCAGGACGAUAGCGAGGUUCAGAAAAAGAGGCUGCUUGCGGUGUCGAUCAGUAAAUACGUGCUCAAGAAGGGUCGGUACACGGUUCCUCCGAAGGAUGCCUUUGAAGCUGCGGGUUACACUCCUUUGCUCGGCACAAGUGCGGCCAACGGCCACGCCACCGGUGUGGAGAAUGGACAUGCCAACGGUGCUGCCGUUCAGAGACAGGAGACUGCCGAUGGUAAGUCCGAUGAAUGGGACCGUUUGAAGGCGGAGAUUGAUCGGGGAUUGACCAUUGUCGAGCCCUUCAUUGACCAGGAGGACAAGCUCAUGGAGGAUUAUGUUCACAAGAUGGGGCUUCCUGGAUUUGCAUAG